CGCCAUAAAUGAGUCCCGUGUUUACUUAAAAGUGAUGAGUUUAUACUCCACUCAUUAACUUCAAGUGUUAGUCCAUUAUACCCGACAUUGCUAUUUUCAAGUUGCUAUAAAUUUUCCGUUUGUAAUCGCUUCUAAUUUGAAGAUGGAGGAACACUCUUACUCAAUGGACACUGAUGAAGUUUCAGGUAAAAGAGAACGGGGAACUGAUUCCAAUCCAUCCACUCCGUUUAAAUCUCAAAGUGGAAAAAAAGCUAAAAAAUCGAUUGGAAAUGAUCUGACUGGUGAUAUGUCUAACAUCGCUAUCCUUGACGCAAUUAAAGCACUCGGAGUCAAAGUAGAUGAGCAGCACGAAGAUAUUAGCAUGCAACUGAAACAGCAUAGCGCUAUGAUUGCAAGUAUGGCAAAAGCGGUACAAAUUAAUGCGGAAGAGGUUAAAGAAUGUAAAGAGAAGGUGAGCAUGUUGGAAAAGCAAUUGGAGACGCUCACUAAAGAAAACGACAAUCUGAGAAAUCGAGUUCUAGACCAGGAAAGAUACAAGAGGAGAUGGUGCCUUUGCAUUAGAGGAAUGAAAGAAAUCCUCAACGAGAACAUUCGGGAAGACGUGAUCCAACUUCUUGUUAAAAUUACCCCUGAAUUCUCCUCCAACAUGUAUGAUGCUGUGGAUGUUGUGCAUCGGGUGGGAAAAAAAGAGGCCACCAGACCCAGGGAAGUGAUCAUUCUCUUUGCGCGUAGAGGAAUCAGAGAUGAGAUCUGGAAAAGAACGAAAGAUGUGCAGGGAUGCUGGAAUCAGAUUCGCUGAGGACCUGACAAGAGAAGAUAGACUAGCAA